GUCUGUACUUGUAAACGGAGAAAUUAUAAAUAAAUAUUAAAAAGUAAUAAACUCAAUCUCCCUCGAAGAGAACUGAGAAUUAACAGUACAACGAUGGAGAGUUUCGCUCUCCGUUCACUCUCAACCACCGCUACUUCAUCACUCUCUUAUCUCUCUCUCCGCCGUUCAUCUUCCAGAUCAUUAUCAUUAUCACUUACUCACCCUCCGAUCUCCCUUUACACCUCAUCCCCAACCGUCCGAUCACUCUCCACCUCCUCUCCUCGACUCACUCUACGCGCCACCGCUUCUUCCGCCUCGUCCUCGCCGGAGAUACAGAACAAUCCUCAAUCUUCUUCUUCAUCUUCGUCACCGCCGCAAGGAGCUAAGCUGAUUCCCGUCGCAAUCUCCAUCUCAAUAGGUCUCAUCGUCAGAUUCCUAAUCCCUAGACCCGAACAAGUGACGCCACAAGGAUGGCAACUACUCUCAGUCUUCCUCUUCACGAUCUCGGGCCUCGUCCUCGGCCCACUUCCCGUCGGGGCAUGGGCCUUCAUCGGCCUAACCGCUUCGAUCGUCACCAGAACGCUUCCUUUCUCAACCGCUUUCGCCGCUUUCACCAACGAGCUCAUCUGGCUAAUCGCGAUCUCCUUCUUCUUCGCUCGCGGCUUCGUCAAGACGGGACUCGGCGACAGGAUCGCUACCUACUUCGUGAAGUGGCUAGGGAGAAGCACUCUUGGUCUGUCGUACGGUCUCGUGUUGUGUGAAACGUUUAUGGGUUUGAUCAUGCCCUCUACUAUGGCUAGAGCCGGUGGUGUUUUCUUGCCCGUGAUCAAAUCUCUGUCUCUCUCCGCCGGGAGUAGACCCGGUGACUCGUCUUCGAGAAAGCUGGGUGCUUUUCUGAUUCAGACACAACUGCAGUGUGCAGGGACUUCUGGUGCGCUUCUCCUCACGUCAGCUGCACAAAACUUGCUAUGUCUGAAACUAGCUAGAGAAGUUGGUGUGGUUCUCUCAAAUCCGUGGGUCUCUUGGUUUAAAGCCGCGAGCGUUCCCGCCUUUGCGUCUCUUCUUUGCACACCUCUCCUCAUCUACAAACUUUACCCUCCUGAGCUGAAACACACACCAGAAGCUCCCGCUGCAGCUGCAAAGAAGCUGGAGAGGUUAGGUCCCAUCACUAAAAACGAAUGGAUCAUGCUCGGUGCAAUGGCCUUCACCGUCUCUCUAUGGGUUUUCGGAGAAGCAAUAGGAGUAUCUAGCGUUGUCUCCGCGAUGAUCGGUCUAUCAAUGCUUCUGCUAUUAGGAGUUAUAAACUGGAACGACUGUCUAAGCGACAAAUCGGCUUGGGACUCGCUCACUUGGUUUGCGGUUUUGAUCGGUAUGGCUGGACAGCUAACGAACCUUGGGGUGGUUUCUUGGAUGUCUGAUUGUGUGGCUAAACUGCUGCAGACACUCUCCUUGACUUGGCCUGCUUCGUUUGUUAUUCUCCAGGCUUCUUAUCUCCUGCUCCAUUACGUAUUCGCAAGCCAAACGGCUCACGCGGGUGCUCUCUAUCCAGCUUUCUUGGCCAUGCAGAUAGCUGCCGGUGUUCCCGGGGUUUUAGCGGCUCUUUGUUUGGCGUUUAAUAACAAUCUUUCUGGUGCGUUGGCUCAUUAUAGUAGUGGACCAGCUGCUUUAUACUAUGGAGCUGGCUACGUAGAUCUGAAAGACAUGUUUAGGCUAGGGUUCGUGAUGGCUCUAUUACAAGCAGUCAUUUGGGGAUCUGUUGGAUCUGUAUGGUGGAAGUUCUUGGGUCUCUACUAGAAGAAGCCAGACUACAUUGUACGGAUAUAUCUUGUUGUUAAUCCAAACUUAACUGAAGUUUAGCAAUUACAUAAGUGUUGUCCAAAAAAAAAA